GCGGCAGCAGCGCUCCGGCCCCUCCGCCCGCCGAGCCGCGCUACCGACGGCGAGGGGCAGGGCCCCCACCCCGCCAUGGAGAGCGGGAUGCCGCUGUCGGGCGGGCAGCGAGCGCUGAUCCGGGAGAGCUGGCAGCGGCUGAGCGACAGCCCCGUGCAGCACGGCCUCGUCCUCUUCACCAGGUUGUUUGACUUGGAUCCUGACCUACUGCCCCUUUUCCAGUACAACUGCAAACAGUUUGCCAGCCCUCAGGAGUGCCUGUCUGCUCCUGAAUUCCUGGAUCACAUCAGGAAGGUGAUGCUGGUGAUCGAUGCUGCUGUGAGCCACCUGGAGAACUUGUCCUGCCUGGAAGAGUAUCUCUGCAACCUUGGCAAGAAGCACCAGGCAGUCGGUGUGAAGAUUGAGUCUUUCUCGACUGUUGGUGAGUCCUUGUUGUACAUGCUGGAGAAAUGCCUUGGUGCUGCCUUCAGCCCAGAGGUGCGGGAAGCUUGGAGCACGCUCUACAGCRCUGUGGUGAAAGGCAUGCGGCGCGGCUGGGAGAACCUUCCAGAAGGGGACUAGAUCCUGCCAGCCAUCCCCAUCCCUGACCACGCGGCUGUCCUGAGCACGAGGAGCACUCACAUCACAAUUCUGYCUCUCCCCACCGCUGUGUUUCUCUGUGCACCAGCCCACGGCUGUUUUUCUGUCUCACCACCCAAACGUGCUGCGGGGCUCUCACGUGGUUCCAUCCUGCUUCCACACGGGCGCGUCUCUGCCUUUGCCGAGGGCUGGCAGGGUAUGUCACUGCUGCGAAGCCUGGCAGUGCCACAGCACAGUCUGUCACCCUGCCCCAAGUUCCUUCAGGAGCACCAACACCCAUGGAUCUACUCUGGCUUUUAGCUUGCUCAUCUUCCCUCCCCUUGCUACCCACCCUAGUUAGGUGAUGGCUGGCAUAGGCUUCUUGGGCUUAUUUGCCYGAGAUCCCGUUUGCUGAGCUUGUACCUGCCAGGUCUGGCACUGUUCUGUCCUCCUGCGCUGCUGUGCCUGGUUCAGCUGUGCCAGUGGUGCAUUCGGCUCCAUCCAGGGGCAGAGGCAGCAAGAUCAUGGGAUUGGUUGCACUAUGUGGCUGUCCUCAAACUUUGCAGGGAGCAUUUCCCCCUCUCCCUUCAUCAACACAUCACUACCAGAUGGUUAAUCCUGAUACUUUCUUCUGCCUUGCCUCUGACCUGGAUGAGAUCUCUGGCUUUUUCCUGUGUCAGGUUGGCCACAACUCAGUAGGCUUCCCUGGGAUGCUUCAGGCAAUGGUGUCACAUUAAUCACAAGGUGAGACUGCUUUUGGCAGGGCUGAGCUGCCAGCUGAAAGGCUUUGUGUUGAUUUGGCUGCUUGGUUUUACCUUAGAGUCAUCUGAAAUGCUGCAGCAGCAGCAGCAGCAGUGUCUGUUUACUGCUUUGUGGUAAAGAAAACAAAGUAAAUACAAGGAAAAUAUGUCUUAAAAUAAAAAUGAAGGAUGCAAUCCUGUCAUAGCAACAGCUUCCGGAAAUUCUGGCUCUUGGCCAGAGAAAGCAUAGCUGGAAUCUUUCUGCUGAUGCUGUCAGAAUCUGGAGCGCCUCCCAGCUGCUCACAGUGCCCAUCUGCAGAGUUCCUCACCCUUGCAGGAAUGAGAAGAUAGCAUCUGCUAGAAGAAAUMCCAGAAAAUGGCUGAGAGGCAGCACCUGAGGACUCUGGUGGGGGGGCUGAACUUGAGCACUUUGAGGACGAGUUUGUYUUGAUAGGGAAGUCACUGUGGAACAAGCAGAACCAUGUUUCUAGCCAUCAGUAGCCUCAGAGCAAGGACAUGGAGCAAUUAUUCAGGCAGCACUCUUUUUUUGCUUCUUCAGGACAGGAGGAGCCUGGUGUUGAGGUCUGAGAUGGUCCURUUCUGGAGACACAUUCCUCCUGUCCUCAGAUGUCCUCCACUCUGGAACAGCCUGCUCAACGUAACUGAGGUCUCCUAGGCCCAUGCCAUGGAGGGGAUGAUGAGGUGCCCUGUCAGAGGGUCUCUAGUUCCUKAUGGUAGCCAUGGGCUUCCAGCAAGAAAAGAGCCCUCCAACCGUGUCUGGGAGACAAGAUCAUAGGUGCUGUGAAAGAGGCAGUGAACGUCCCCAUGUUUGUGGUCCUCCCCAUGGUACCAGAGGUUGUGCUUCUGCAGCCCUGCAGCAUGGUGGUGUGAUGGUGAGAUGGUGUGAUGGUGUGCAUUCUGCCCCACAGCUCUCUCCAUCAGCUGGGUCAGGUGAAGCCUUGCACCUGGGAGUGAGGGAUGGAGGAGGUGGGGCUGUGGGGAGACAUUAGCUUUGAUGGCAUGAUAUGGGGCAGGAAGGUUUGGGAAUGGGGAUGUUCUCUUUGCAACCCUGUUCUGGGCCAUGAGCCUUCAGCAUCACAGGAGUAGAACACGUUCUGGCUCYGUGUGACAAGUGGCAGCUGUUUGAAGGGUGGGGUCUUGGUGUUACUGCCCAAACCAUUCCUGCUCCCUCUGGCUUUCCCAGCUCAUUGACUUCUGCUCUUCUGUGCCACAUUUUGUGUAACUCCCAAGAGAACUGAACUAGUCUGUGUGCCUCUUAUACCCAGCUGURCUGUUUAAUAAAGAAC